UUUGAUGAUUUUUAUGCACUGGCAGCCCAGCUAUGUGAGUUUCUGUGGUCUACGGCUUCGUAGCUGAGCUAUUGUUGCUCCUAGACACUUCAAUUUCACAAAAAUACCAUUGACUGUUGCAGAUCUAGCAGGACAGAAAUGUAUUGAUCUUAGAUAUAAAACACAAAAUAUGAAAUGUGCCAUAACAUUUGCACAAGCCACAUUUUAUUGUGCAUUAAAACACGCAGAAGUGUGUUCUCUGUAGGGGAUGCGUUAACUUAUUUACGCUUAUUAACAUUUAACCAGAGGCGCUUAAGCCUUUGCAUAUGCACUCCGUGCGUAAAAUGCAGCGGUACCGCUCCCCGCCGCCAGAUGGCGCCUCGAUACUCCGUUUUCCUCUCUCUCUCAUUCUCAUUCUCUCUCUCCCUUACUCUCUCGCUCUCUCCUCCCUCCCUCUCCCUUUCUCUGUAGCUCUCGCGCUCUCGCUUGCACAGAAACGCGAGCAGAGAGAGAGGGAGCGCGCAGCCGUCUCUCCAUCCGUUCUUUUCUUUUCUCUCUCUCUCGGUUUUUUUCCCCUCUCCGUCGCGCGCGCGAUGCGUCUCCGCGCGCUCUCGCCGCGUUCCCUGCUCUCGCUCGCGCUCGCGCUCGUCCUCUUCGCCGCGUGCGCUCCUCCUGCUGCUUCCACCUCUUCUUCCUCCGCGACUCCGGGCUCGCCGUCUCCCGGGCGUCUCGCGCUCAGCAGCAGCUCGUUCGUGCUCAAGGGCGACGCCACGCACAACCAGGCGAUGGUGCACUGGACCGGAGAGAACAGCAGCGUCAUCCUCAUCCUCACCAAGUAUUACCAUGCGGAUUCCACCAAGGUGCUGGAGAGCUCCCUCUGGAGGUCCAGUGAUUAUGGCACCACCUAUACGAAGCUGAACCUGAUGCCCGGAACGACCAUCAUAGUCACGAAUUUCUACAUUUGUCCAAGCAAUAAGAGAAAGGUGAUCCUGAUCAGCUCCACUAUAAAUGAACGAGAGCAGAUGCUGUUCAUUAGUACAGAUGAAGGAGCUUCGUUCCAGCGGCAGCCGCUCUCCUUCACUGUGGAAACGCUGCUCUUCCAUCCGUCUGAAGAGGACAAGCUUUUGGCCUACAGCAAAGAAGCCAAGCUGUAUGUGUCCACUGAUCUGGGACGGAAAUGGACUCUGCUUCAGGAACGAGUGACCAAAGACCGAGUUUACUGGGCUGUGUCUGGAGUGGACGUGGAUCCUGAUCUAGUUCACAUGGAGAUGCAGGACUCCAGUGGAGGUCACCUGUAUGUGACGUGCCUGAUCCAGAAUUGCUCGGAUAAAAUGGUUACGGCGCAGUUCCUCGGGAAGAUCGACCACAACUCGCUCUCCGUGCAGAACGAUUACAUAUUUGUGAAGGUUACCACGGGUAAUCGUACAAAGCAUUACGUCUCAUAUCGGAGGAACGAGUUUGUCCAGAUGCGAUUCCCCAAGUAUGCUCUGCCAAAGGACGUGCAGGUGGUGAGUACAGAUGAAAACCAGGUCCUUCUGGCGCUGCAGGAGUGGUACCAGACGGACACGUACAACUUGUAUGAGUCGGAUCCGCAGGGCGUUUAUUACUCCAUCGUUCUGGAGAACGUCCGCAGCACCAAGCAGCCCGAAGAGAACGUUCUCAUCGACGUGCUGGAGGUGCGCGGGAUCAAAGGCGUCUUCCUAGCCAAUCAGAAAGUAGACGGAAAGGUGACGACCCUCAUCACCUAUAAUAAGGGGCGGGACUGGGAACCCCUGGCUCCUCCCACCACUGACAUGAACGGCAAACCUGUCAACUGCAAACAGCCAGACUGUCACCUUCACCUCCACCUGAGAUGGGCUGAUAAUCCGUAUGUAUCUGGAACUGUUCACACUAAAGACUCCGCCCCCGGACUCAUCAUGGGUGCAGGUAAUCUUGGUUCUCAGCUGGUUGAGUAUAAGGAGGAGAUGUACAUCACCUCAGACUGUGGAAGAACGUGGAGACAGGUGUUUGAGGAGGAGCACCACAUUCUGUAUCUGGACCAUGGUGGGGUCAUCGUGGCCAUCAAAGACACGUCCAUCCCCUUAAAGAUCCUGAAGUUCAGUGUGGACGAAGGACGUACGUGGAGUGUCCACAACUUCACCAGCACGUCUGUGUUUGUGGACGGCCUGCUGAGUGAGCCUGGAGACGAGACGCUCGUUAUGACGGUGUUUGGUCACAUCAGCUAUCGUUCGGACUGGGAGCUGGUGAAGGUGGACUUCCGUCAGUCCUUCCCCAGACAGUGCACAGAGGACGACUACGACUCCUGGAAACUCACCAACCUGCAGGGAGAGCACUGCAUCAUGGGCCAGGAGCGAACGUACAGGAAAAGGAAGGAGUCGUCUCUGUGCAUUAAGGGAAAGAGCUACACAUCAGCGCUGACAGCCAAACCCUGUCAGUGCACUGAGAAAGACUUCAACUGUGAUUACGGCUUUGAGAGGGCUCCUAGUCUGAAGGCAGAAGGCGACCGCUGUUACCCCGAUUUCUGGCACGAUCCGGACGCUCCACCCGAUAGCUGCCAUUUGGGGCACACCUACGAGUCUAGCACAGGCUACCGUAAGGUGGUCUCUAACGUGUGUGAAGGUGGCACCAAUAAAGAACAGAGCGCCAAGCAGCACUCCUGCCCUCUGCUGCCCCCCAGAGGCCUGCAGCUGGGCAUUAAAGGACAGAUGCUCACCGUCGCACCUGGUGAUGACAUCACCUUUGUUGUCCAUCAGGAACAGGGAGACACCAGCAGCACUAGGUACCAGGUGGAUCUGUGGGACGGAGUCAGGGCCAUCUAUGAGAACCUGACAGUGACCGAUGAGCCGAUUCAGCAUCGUUACGAGAAACCGGGGGUGUAUCGGGUCAGCGUUCAGGCCGAGAACUCUGCCGGCCAGGACCGAGCCACGCUCUACAUCCAGGUCACCACACCUCUGCAGGAAGUCCAUCUGGAAGUGGUUCCCAUCGCAGGCAGGAACCAGCUGGUCAACCUGACGGCCGUAGUGCUUCCUGCAGACGCUAACCUCACCGUCUUCUACUGGUGGAUUGGAGAUGACCUGCAGCCGAAGCUGACCUUAGAGAACAGCUUGCUCACACGGUUUCCUGAAGAGGGCGAGGUGUCCGUCACCGUCCAGGCCUCCAACGGUCGCUCCACAGUCCAGGACAGCAAGACUGUACGAGUUUAUGAUCGUUUUCAGGUCAUUCCUCUGAGCUUCAGUCCGAAUCUGGACCGAUUCAACCCAAACAUCCCGGAGUGGAGAGAGGAUGUGGGCAGAGUGGUCACCAAAAUAUUAGCCAAGGUUACAGGAGUUCCUCAGGACUCUCUGGUCACCAUGGUGAAACCUGGACUCCCAACCACAGCGCAGCUCUACGUUCUGCCACCAGAGGGCGUGCCAGCCAAGAGGAGCGUGUUUGUAGAUAAGCGUGUGUCCACCAUAAAGCAGGCUCUGAGAGAGAAUAAUGUGAGUUUUAUUGUGAGAGGAGGGCUGAGAGUGCUGCUGACUCUGGCAGACCCAGAUGCAGGCUAUAACUCUGGAGCUGGAAGUCCAGGAGUUUGGGCUUUAGCUGGAAUUCUGCUGGUCACCUUCCUCUCUACUGGAGUCUUCCUCCUCUACAAGUUCAAAAGAAAGCUGCCGGGCCGCAAUGUCUACGCCCAGAUGCACAACGAGAAGGAACAGGAAAUGACCAGCCCCGUCAAUCACAGCGACGACACGCAAAACAUCAUUCAGGGGGAGGAGUUUAUCGACGACGACCUGGACUCGCAGACUCUAGGUAACGGCGGAGGCAACCACUCGGGGGUAGUACUCAGCAUCACUUCGAGGGAGCUGCAUAGCUACCUGAGCAGCUGAUGGCCAGCAGGGGGCAGCAGCCGCCAGCAAAAUGGACAAAUGCCUUUCAGUUCUGCCCACCAGUGACCCUUAACACACCCGGACGAGAGAAAGAAAGAGUGGAGACACACCUGCACCCGUUACCCACCACAGCAAAACCUUCUAUCACUCAACCUCUCUUUCUCUCUCUCUCUCUCUCUCUCUCUCUCUCUCUCUCUCUCUUUUUAACCGUCUCUACUGUAAAUCUCUCUCUCUGUCUGUGUUUUAUUGAUCCAGAGAGAGGAUUUUGUGCCCACAGCUGCACUGAACACCACACGCACUAACUCGCAUGACGUAGGGGACCCCCCACCCCAAGCACACGCACAAAGGCUGAAUCCCAAAUUCCUCCCUACUCCCUACAGAGUGCACUAUGUAACUACAGCUUCCACAGCCCAUUUUGAGUUCCACCUACCUUACAGGUCAACAGUUACAGACUGUAGUCCAUCUGUUGCACCACAGUUUAUCAGCCCCCCUCUACCCCAUUCAUCACUGGUCAGUUUCUGACCACAGGAAUGCGGUUGUCCAGUUGUUAUUUGGGUGGUGAUCCAUUCUCAGCACAGCAGCAACACUGACAUGGUAGUGUGUGUGGUGCUGGCACGAGUGUAUCAGAUGCAGCGGUGUUGCUGGAGUAUUUACACAUGGUGUACACUCACUGGCCACUUUAUCAGAAACCCGCUCUUGCUGGUGUACAGUUAUAACUGUAGCUCAUCUGUGGAUGCAGUUUGUGUUCUCCAUCUUCUGGUCCUUCAUCAGUGGUAGAUUUUAGGUGGUGGUCCUCUCUCAACCUAGCAGAUGAUACACUCGUACCAGCACCACACACACUACCAUGUCAGUAGUAUCCUGGGGCAAGAUGUGAUCUCGUAACGAGAAUGGGGACUACCAUGAGCAAUGCUGGGCUAGAUUUGGGUGGAAAUGUAGACUUUUUAGGGUGGGGAAAAAAGUAAGUAUAAAAUUUCUCAACAAUCCCAAGCCUUGCGAAGGUAGAGCUCACAGUAGAGGGCGAUAGUGCGCUCGUAAACAUUGUCAACAAGCUUGUUCUUAGCUCAUAGAUAUAGCGAAAGUUAGCAUGGCUGGAAAGUCCCCCAAAAAGCUCAGAUAAAUGUAGAUUAGUAGAUUAAUGUAGAUUGUUGAUUAACAGAUUACAUGCAUUAAAAAUAAACAUUACCAUUAGCAAAGGGAAAACAGUUCUGUUAGCCAGUGAUAGUGUUUCACUAGUUUACUUUACAAGUUUGUUUUGCUUAUCAUUUGUUUUCCAGGUGUUAAAAUGCAUUCAGAGGUGGGUUUUAGACCCUUACUUGAAGAAAUGAAGUUGUCCAGAUGUAUUUGGGUGGUGGUCCAUUCUCGGCACACCACCCAAAUACAUCUGGACAACUUCAUUUCUGUGGUCAGAAUUUGGCCAAUAAUGAAUGGAGUAGAGGGGGACUGAUAAACUGUGCAGCAACAGAUGAGCUACAGUAUUUGUAUGUCCAUACAGUGGAGCUAUAAGGUAGGUGUUUCUAAUAAAGUGGCCAGUUAGAGGAAGUACAAGGUAGAUGUUUCUAAUAAAGUGGCCACUUAGAGGAAGUACAAGGUAGA